AUGCCUGAUAUCCUCAUUGUCAAUGACAAUGCUUCCUUCGCUUCAAGUGAUACCUUCUCUACUCAAGACUCGAUAGAGCAAUCCCGACACUCGCUCCGAAGAAACACAGUUGCCCAGCUCACAAGGAGGGUUUCCAAGAGAAUAUCCCAAACAAUCCUCAGGGUCAGAGUUCAAGAACAUGCAUUGAGUGAAAAGAAUCUUAAAGAUCUCAACGACGUAACAGAUGUCUAUCCGCACGGUCUAUGCUCGCCAGCUCAUCAGAUUCCUGAGGUUGAAAUAUGCGAUCGUAUUCACGAAAAUAUUGAGGGAUGCCCUAUUGUUGACGUCGAGGAAGCGAGAGAGAUGCGCCUUCACCGGUCGUAUGCUACCUUUUGUGAAAACUUUACGCUAUCCGGGACAAAGAGUACGAGAAGAAGGUUCGACUUAUCAAUGGGGAUGGAGUGGGUAGAGGAUCGUACACAGUCCUCUCACACGGAUCCGACUCUCGGGAACAACGACACACCUGCAUUUUCGGGUUCUGCAUAUCCUGAGCACAUAACGGUCCAUUCAAAGCCCGGACCAAGUCCAGCCGCGUUCCCAAUGUCAUGUCCAUCUACGCAUCUUAACGAUACACCCAUACCACCCUCGGCAACUGUGGAGAAUCCCUCUUCAGAAUGGCCAGUCAAAAACGCAUCAAGGGUUGAAGGAGAGUUGAACUGGAUCAGUUCAAGUUCCGAGCCCAAAUCUGAUUACCCCCAACCACCGCCUCGCAUCAUCACCCCAACUGUCUGGAUGGACAUGCAGUGCGACAAGAGAGAACGCAAAGCAGCACGACCACAGAGACUCCUAAAUCCGUUUCGGUCGUGGUUUACGACGAGCCAGCCCUCGUGGGGCCGGAGGCAUGAAGUCGUCGAAUAA